ACUCAGUUGUCCAAGACUCAAGUUUCGUUAACUGUAGUGAAGUUUUGAAAUAUUUAUCGAUAAUGAACAAAACGACAUUUUAUCACUAGUCAAUCAAAAAUCAUUCGUCACAUCUCUAUUGACGCUCGAGAAUUUGCUUUUCCGAAGACCUUUUAUGCACAAAUUCGGAAACUAGAAUUACUUUCUCUACAUCGAUUCUCCCCUAAGUGUAUGUUUCCCUAUAUUUUUACCGAUCGCCCAAAAUAUCUCCAUGAAUACCUAAAAAAAUAAUUAAAGAGACAUUUCUUUCCACCUUUGAUGUACGAGCAUUGAAUUUGCUGUAAAGGCUGAUAAGUGGCCAUUUAACCCAAAUUUUCUCGAUAUAUGCGCACCCCUUUGUAAUAAAUACGACGAACAGAAAGUGUUCGAGGGAAAAGUAAGUGAACAGAAAAGUUUCGAUGAACUCCAGAGAGCUGUUUCACAUCUGAGGGACUUAUAUAUCUGAAAUGGGCACCAAACAUACCAAACCCUGUAAAUAUAACAACUUUUCGUCAACAUCACUUCACGUACAAACACUCCAUAUUCAAGUACGUAUUUGUUCUUAUACCUUUCGAGUAAAUAAUAAAAUUUUAGGCCCAAUGUUUCACGAGAGGUUUCCUUUUUGUGGACAUGCAUACGAAAUUCCAGUUUUGAGAGCCUUAACAUUUAUGACAAUAGCUGGAUUGAUUGUGAACAUCCUUAUGACCGUAGUUUUCUUCUAUAUGCACUGGAACUUUCGUCUCUUGAUCAAAAACUCAUUCAUGCUCAUAAUUGCCUGUUUCACGAUGAUUAUGGUAUUGGAGGCCCUAAUAACAUCGGAAAUCCACUUCGAAGUGAAUGUAUUAAGAGAAAAAAUGUUUCCUCUUAGCGAAGCAGGACCUGAAACUCUUCAACGGAUCAAAAAGGACAUAAGUUUCCUCAGAUACUCCAGAAUAUUCGUCGUGGUAUUUCUAUUCAUCAGUGCCAUGUUCUGUACGCCGAUCUCUGGAGACAUAAGGGAGUUUUUCUGCAUAGUUUAUCUGGUGGAGGAUAUCGAGAACGCCUUCUGGUACCCUUAUCUCAAGUACAUCCUUUUCGUGCUGAAAAUUAUUUUCGUCCUUUCCUUUUCGAAUCCCCUGUACAUGAUGCUCUGCGUGAUCGGUGAUAACUUUUACGGAUUGAUGAUUCUAAGGGAGAAGGUCAACUCUAUCGAGCAAAUAUUCGGUAGGAAGGAAAUAUGGUACAGAGAUCAGGCGUACCAGAAAUAUGUUAGGAUGACGUUGAUAAGAUGCAUUCAGCAACAUCGAAUUAUAUUGGCGUAAUAAUCAUUAAAACUCUACUCAUUCGUCAGUCAAAGGUCAAGAACGUAUGGCUUUUUGAGGCAAAUUUCUGUCGAAGGCUUAGAUCGUAUACUUGUUGUAGUUUUUUAGGUUCUUGACCUUCGACCAUUUUCAGCACGAAUGCGAAUAACAACUUUAUCUCAAUUCGGAUUUCAUUCAAGGUACCACAAAAUGGGUUCGAAGAUAUGUCGGAGGUGUUUACCCACAGUUUUCAUUGUGGUAGUGCUUCUUUUCACAUCUUUCUAUUUCUAUGUUAACAUGGUAAGACAGUCCUCACUGGCCGAGCCUAGGUCAUGAAAUUUGUAUGUUACAGAAUAUAAGCAAGGAAGUUAUGAGUAAAUCACUAUUCAUCAUAGCGCUUUGCAUAUAUUUCACUUAUCUGUUCACCUGCGCAGCUCAGAAUCUCAUAGAUGAGGUGACUAGGUACCCUCAGUCACAAAAUAUGAUUUUAACGGAAGAUUUUUUUAGUCCGAGCAGCUUUAUCUCGAUUUGUGUGCCUGUCCUUGGUUCUUAUGGAAUAAAUCGAAUAAAUCGAUAUACUUCAUGUUCCUCAUACAUGCUAAAGAACCUCUCACUGUGCGAUCCUUCGGCUUGGAAUAUAGUUAUGCCGUCAUAGUUCGGGUGAGUCGACACCGUUAAGAAAUGCUCAAAAGACAGAUCGUUGAUUUUUCAGUUGGCUAAAACUACCAUGUCUCUACUGACCGCUCUCCAGGAGCUAACCUCUUGAAUUCCGAUAUGAUACAAAUGCUGAAGAAGGAAUUGAAUAAGUCAUAAUUCACGAUUUUUCAAGAUGCACCCAGAAAUUUGUUCAGAUCUGUACUAAUAAACUUCAUUGAGAAAAUAAUAGUAGCCUUUUAUUACAGUCUCUGAGCAAAUCCCAGAUAAGUCAACUAAGCAACUGUUGACGGAUUUCGGGAUCAUUGUCCCUCAUCGGAACAGUGUUGCGUUUUAACGUGUCGACUUUUCUGGAAUUUCCUAAUGUCUAGCUCGCAUUAUUGGAACCACAAUUCUUCGGAAAUUAUGACCUCCUAUCUUUUCUGCAACCGUCGCUCGAAUCUGACGCUGCUUGGUUUUCCACGAAACAAUUGGGGGUUCUUUCUCUUUACUACACAAACGAAUUGACCGCUUAUUCGAAUUUGAAACACUUCCUCCUUCGAUUCAUUACAGGUGGCGACGCAGUACCAAGAGAACUAUACACCGGCAUCGGUACUGUCCUCGAGUUCAAAUACGGCAACCGUCUCAGCAACGUUUUCAAGAAAAA